AAGAGUGGUAUUCUGGUUUUCAAACGCAAUGAAAGUAGCAAAGUUUAUCAAGAUAGUGGAUGAAUGACUUGAUCUCUAAGCCGCAGACAUUUUGUGUCUCGCAGGAAGUCCGGCGUUGGAACGGAACACUCUGAUCCAUUUGUUGACUUUUGAACGACUGCUUAACAGAAAAGUUGCUAUGGUCAUUUUAGUGGGAUGAAAGGCUUUCCUUUAUCAAAAUUGUUCUUAAGUCAAUGUCGACGAGAACGGACAAACUGUAGUAUCAACUAUGGAACAGCUUGAAACUUUGGUUUGUCAAAGUGUAGUGUGUACUGCUCCUUUUACGAAGAGAAAAAAGGUUUCGGUAAAAUAACAGCUCUCUACUAGUCCUUCCCUUUGGAGUCUGUGAGUUUUUCGUGUCCACUUGUUGUAGUGUUCAAAAACAAAAAGAUAGCCUAUGGAUUGCAUAUUUUCAUUUUUUCGCGAGAUAAUGGCUUGUGUUUAGUUGCCCAUUCAAGUUUCAGUUCUCACCAUAUCAGAAGCUUUAGAAAACACCCGCACUCCUGUUGUUCCACUGAAUCUCUCUCUCCAUCCUAACAUUUUCCGCACCCUCAUCAGAAAUUCCCAUUUCUUCUACUGCCCAGUUUGCCAUUUUGACACAUUUUCGUGUUGACCCAAAGAUGGUUAACCGAAUGGGUGUUGUCGAAAAGUCGGUAGAAGCAAAAGACACGGGCUCUACUACAGGGGAAUGGAAGGGACAGGAACAGGACUCUUCACAAGAAGAAGAAGAAUUUUGGGACUUUGACGACAGUGAUGAUGAUGCUUGUUCUUACUGUAGAACCUGUCAGUUACGAAGAAGAUUAGAGAAAAGACUUGCUGCGAAAAAGAUGCUCAACCAAUUGGAAGCUAAUGAAGACCAUAUACGUCGAGUAAAGGAAGAUGGCUGUCAAGUUCAACCAAGGGAAGACCAUCGGAGUAUAGAAGAUCUUUUAAGGUUUAUUGGUGAAGACAGUGGUGGUGAGAAUGAUAAAAGGAAAAGUAAGGCUGGGGUUUCUAGUUCCAAAAAAUCGAGUUCCAAGUCGAACAAGAAGAAGGACAAAGGUCGGAAAAAGCAGAGUUGUAAAUCGAACGGUGAAACGAAUAAAAGCAAAACAUCUUCGGAAGGAAGAUAUUCUGACCAAACCGUUCCUAGUCAUGAAAGCAAAGGAGAAGACAGUUGGAGUGGCCACAGCAGUAGUUCAUUAUCGAAAAGAACAAAUGGGAAUAGUACUUUUGUAGAAACGAGUAGAGCUCCAAAGAGUAUAGUUCAUAUUUCACAAGGUGAUACUAGUAGUUACUCCAAUGCUCCUGUUUUGGAUAAAGAUUUGGAAGAUUGGGAAGCAGACAUUGAAGCAGAAGUGGAAGCUUUCCGUAAGAGAUUGGAGGAACUUAGUGCUCCAUUGAAGAAUAAGCCCAAGAUUGGUGCUUUUCCACAACUUUCCUCUACGUAUGAACAGUCUCUAAGGAGCCAUCGUAUGGGAUUUCACAAGGCAAACGAGAAUUCCAGUAAUAGUAGAACGAGAAGUGUCGGUAUCUUGUGAAGUUGAGCUGUUUUAAUUGGCUGUAUUUAUCUGACUCGAAGAAUGUUUUAUUGUACUACCCUCUUAAGUGUUUUAAACAAAACAUGUUUUGCAUUUUCAGAACGGUUAGUUGCCAAGAGAUAUUGAAGAUGCACCAGUUUUGUUGUCUAUAAAGUUGUUGCAUAUGACUACUGUGAUAUUUAUAUCUAUAUGCCUUUUUAGUCUCGACCAUGA